GCUCGGUAAUAUUCGCAUACAGUAUUACUAGACUGCCAGCAAGCUAGGCAGUAAAAUGGCGACCGCAAUGUUGAGCAAGACUGUGCCCGGUGUCCUGCUAGGUAGCACCUCUAGCCGCCGGAGCCCCCUAGCAUUCAGCUCAGGGUGCACGACUCGCGUGCUGAGGGCGCUGGCGCCCCGCCCAGCUCCGGCUGGCCCCACGUCGUCUGGCCGGGCUGUGGCGCUGGUAGUGCGCGCGAGCAACGAGGAGAAGGAGGUCCAGUACAACAAGGAGUUCGGAUACUCUCGCAAGGACGUCAUCCUUAUCGGCGUGGGCCUCAUCGCGCUGGGCUAUGCGCUCUACUACGGGCUGCAAGCCGGGGGCAUGGAGCCGGGCAUGGCCGGCAACUGGGUGCAGCUCAUCAUCUUCAUGGGCAUCUGCGUGGGCUGGGUGUCCACCUACAUCUUCCGCGUGGCUACCAAGCAAAUGACGUACGUGAAGCAGCUGGAGCAGUAUGAGGAGGCGGUGAUGCGGAAGCGCGUGGAGGAGAUGACGGAGGCGGAGCUGGAGCAGCUGGCGAGCGAGGUGGACGCCGACAAGCAGCGCAAGGCAGCGGCGCGCGCCGCGGCACAGCAGCAGCAGCAGUAGGCGGGCAAGCAGUGAGGCAAGCAAUGGGCCGAGCAGGCGGGUGGGAAGGCAGGCAGGCUGGCGGGCCCAACUUGGGACUGCAGCGGCGGGGGCGGGGGGCGGCACGUGCCCGUACAGCCUCGUACAUACUGAACAAGUGUGAGGUGGCGUCCGAACCGGUUGCCUGGAUGAUGCAGAAUGGGCAUGAGCACCGGCGUGGGCAUGCGUGUUGCUACCGCACAAGCUCUUGUGUGUUCAUGGCCUGAGUGCGGCUUGACACGGUAGUCAUGAUGGAAAGGGCAGGUCAUGAAAGCGGCCGCUGACGCUCCGUUGUGCGUGGCUUGGCACCUUCCAAGCACGUGCGGGGAUCCGGCACUAAAGCUUUUAGAGGCUUCGGGCGGUCAUGAUUGUCUUUUGAGCGGCGAUAAGCCCACGGGCAUUAGGCAGGUAGCGCCGGUUGUUUGUAGUAGUCGCGGCAAUGGCCUUCAGGUGAUGAAUGAGGAUGCUCGGGUGUGGCCGUCGACUGCAAGCCCAAAUGGAGGUGGGGGCCGGAAUUGAGUUUAUUAUGCAGGCGACAUAAUGCUGAGGAUUGCAUGGCAGCAUAAUGGUGCUACGGGGCAGAGCAAGUGCGCCCACGAGGUUAGUAUGAGAGAGUCAGCGGCUGGACGCGUGUCUUUUGCCGCUUGGUGCAUGCCUUUGGAAUGAACGGCCGACGGCAGAGAAGUUCCCCGUGGCCUGUAAAACAACAGGGCC